ACACGUUUCUUUCGUUAAAAGGUAUUGUAAUCAGUUUAAAAUAUUUACCAUUCGUGAUGGAGAGUGCACUCGAAAGUUUUUAUUACGAGUCAACAACUGAGCCCAUGGCCGAUGCUGCUGCGAAAGAUUGGCGAAAAUGGCUUGCACUAGGCGAAUCACUUGAUUUUGGUCAACGGUGCAGUUUAAUGUGGAUCUGGCCCACAGAAGAUGAGUUACAAAAAUUGGGUUCGGUACUAAAGGUGAACAAAAUUGUCCAUAUACUUAGUGUAGGCUGCGGCAGUGGAUUACUUGAAUGGAUAAUCAAAGAAAGUUUAGGUAUUUCUGUCAGUGGUAUUGAAAUUGAUCGCGCCUGGUGGGAAAGCAAAUAUGCAAUCAAGAGUUUUAUCAACCUAAAUUAUAUUGAAGAUUUGAGCAACAAAGAGAACAUACCAGGAGAUUAUCUUCAAAAGUGUUGUAAUUUGCAAAGUUGGAACUUUGCGCUAAUGUUUUGUUACUUUAAUAAUCAUUCUGCGUUCCUCAACUACCUUAACAUGUACAAAGGAAAUAGUUUGUUAAUUAUCGGACCCAAGGUUGGAAUGGGAGUGUUUACCGAUCCUUUGCCACUAGAACCGCAACUUCCUGAAGGUCUUAACUGGACACUAAAAUCUACGCUAAACAUUGGCAGAAGAGACGUUAUAGCUUUUUAUACGAAGAAGAUUUAAUGAAGUCAAAUAUGUCGGGUUAAA